AUGUCAACGAGGAGUCAGUCAGAUGACACUGUUGAUGGGGCAAAGUCGACGAGUGUCUACGCCGUGUUGGCCCCAUCCUUCGACACUACACCCCCUUUCCCAGGACCACGGUCAUCUCAAGUCACCCAUAAUGAUCCGUCGCCAGGUGAAUCACCAAUAGCCAUUCCUCUCCUUAAAACCCUUCGACCCUUCGGCACCCGUGACGCCCUCACCCGCAACUUACUCUACGAUCAGAACUCGUCAGCAGACAAAUCCACGACACCUAAAAACUCAACUCCAACCUCAGUACCGAUGUGCCAACUCAAGUACGUCCUCUCACCUUGGAUUUCCCGUCGCAGGAUCGUAGAUAACCGUCAAUGUUGCCAUCUCAUCAACAUCAACUGGUGCGCCGCCCAAUUUCCCGACGUCCAAGGAACUGACAAAGACCGAACCGCUUUCGACCGAGACUCAACCCACGAAUACAUCCUCAGCCACGUCCAACUCGCCCACCGAUGCCCGUACUACGACAACAUCGAGAUCGAACGCACGAGGGAUUGGCAUUACUCUGGUUCAAUUUUGCCAUUUGCCGUCGAGGACCUACCGACAGCGAGAUCGAGAUACACAACCUCUUGGAGCUGGGUCCGGGAACGCAUGAUGGCUGCGGCCAGGGCUAGGGAGUGGAGAGAGAGUAGUGCGGAAGCCACUACCUCUAAUAAUGGUGGACACGGAGGCGAGGAGAGUACUACCGAGCGCGAGGAAACAGCGCCUACUACAUCGGGCAAGAGUCCGAAUGGAAAGGAAGGCGGCACCGGCGGGAAUGUUGGAAGCGGAAGGGGUAGUUGAAUUGGGCUCACUGGCAGCAGGUUGAGAGUUGUUUAAAGCUGAGGUGACUGCAACACUCUCGUGCAUUUGAUCAUCCACAACCAACCAUCAUCCCAUCAAUCAUCAUUUUGUUUGGCUGUCCUUCAUCCAGCUACACCCCGUUUGCAUAACCGGAA